AUGGUAGACGCCGUCAGGAUGGACACCGUCCAGGGUCGCGAAAUCAGGCUUCUAUCCACCAGACGCCGUCGAUAUGUAAGCUGGAGUCUCGAGGCGUCCACCGAGGAACUGCCCUAUAAUGAGAUUUGCAGAGCGUUCGACGAAGUCCGGCUGCAAUUCCCUCACCAAUCUCGCCACAGUCCGGAGGGCCGAGAAUUUGGUCAGGAUCCCCGAGAUUUGUGUGGUCCGCAUUCACGGCGGGGAUGGCUUUUCCGGCAGAUUCCCGAUGGUUUCGACAUCGCCGAUCUGAUGGAGCUGCCAGAGGCCACUUCUGAAGUGCCUAACUCCCAAAAGGCCAAAACACGUUUCAUUCUUCUACGGCCACUUCAACCUCGCCCUUGCCGUCGUGAAUUGCCCGGUAUAGGAUGA